UAGGGAAUGACAAAGAGUCUGUAAGCUAUAUAUAUAUAUUCGUCUUCGAACGACGCAGGCGAUUUGGUAAUCCAAUAAAGUUACAUCCUGCAGUUACUCCGCGUGUCGCAAUAAUUCGAUUGUAAUUUCACCGAUUUCGGAAUUGCUAUUUUCAUCAAAAUGCUAUUACGCAUUGCUUCGAUAUUCUUGCUUUUUGCCAUCUCAGAAAUCAUUGCUCAAGAUUGCAAGAAUAAAGAUACUACACAAUGUCCAACACCAUCAGAAUUUAAUCAAGACACUGAUUGGCAGUCAGCUACUUCGGUUUAUGAUUUCCAUGCAAACGACAUUUUGGGCAAUAACGUCCCACUGGAGAAAUAUCGUGGCCAUGUUCUCAUUAUUGUUAAUGUAGCCAGUAAUUGUGGCUUAACGGAGAGCAAUUAUAAGCAACUCCAGCAGCUAUACAAUAAAUAUAGCGAAAAAGAAGGUUUGCGAAUUCUUGCGUUUCCUUCUAAUCAAUUUGCUGGUCAAGAGCCGGGUACUUCUGAGGAAAUACUAAACUUUGUGAAACAGUACAAUGUUACUUUUGACAUGUUUGAGAAAAUUGAUGUAAACGGAGAGAAUGCUCAUCCGUUGUGGAAAUGGUUAAAGACACAGAAAGAAGGAUUGCUUAUCAACGCAAUUAAGUGGAAUUUUACUAAAUUUAUUGUAGACAAAGAAGGUAAAGUAGUGGAAAGAUUCGCUCCAACUACUGAACCAUUAAGUAUGGAAGAAAGUUUGAAAAAGCAGUUUUAAGUUUGUACAAUACUUGCGUCCUUUCUU